CGGAAGCUGUGAUCAGCUGAUGGAGGAGGAGCUGCGAGAGAGGUGAGCCAUCUUCCCCCGGCAGAGUGAUAGAGCCUGGAUGUGAGGGAUACGGGAAAUCAUCUGGGGAUCCCGGUAACAUUUAGAGGCAAAGACGAUUAUAAGAGGCAACUGACAACCAGUGUCAGUCGGGAAGGAGGCCAUCUGAAGGACUCAUCAGAAUUUCUGCACCAGAGUUGACUGAGGAAUAUACCAGAUUUUAACGUCUCUUAUACUAAUACAAAGAAAGGAAAACACUGAGCUAGGAGCGGGGAUUAAUAUCGAAAUAUGAACCGUAUGUGACCUAAGAAAAUGCAAAAGUCCAGAAGAUUUGUGAUAUAAAUAAGCAUGUAGUCCUUACAGUACGAAAGGUGUAUAGCAACACCAGUCAAUGUAAACAAAUAUUCAAGCUAGCUGAAGUUAGCCGAUUGGAUGUUAGCUUUCUAUUGCUAGCUAACACAUAUAGCUUAGCUAAUAUAAGGUAGUUGUAUCGAAGGAGAGCGAAGGUAAACCGACCUAAAGAAACCUGUCGUCCCUUUAAAACUAUAACUAACCUCAGUAUAGUCGUCUGCAGCAGAUGACAGCCGUUUGUGGUAUCACAAUAUGCAGUUAUUAGCAUAAUUAGCCUUUUAGCUAACGUCGGCUAAAUGAUUUGCAUUAGCAGCCCAGCAUAACAUUUAUCUAGCUAGCACACUAAAUGUAGAACAAAGAAGACAUUUGGCAGUACAAAAGCGACGUAUGUUUUUGACACUGACUCGUUUAAAAUAUAUUGCUGUGAAAUAGAUUAAACACUUUCAGGAUAGGUGUAAUUUAACAGUUAAUGCUACAUCAGAUAAUCUUGCUAGCUAGCUAGAUACCCAAUGUAGUCCAGUUGAUUGGUUGAAAAGAGCAGGACGCCGGGAUGAAGGAAAACAACCGACUUCUUAUAGAAAAUAAUUGACUUCUUAAAGAUUUAAUCAUAUCCCUAGCCACCGUUGUCGCAACUCUAUGUGCAUAACGUUAGUAGGUGGACAUUUUCAGUUUUUCACUCCACACUCUUCGGUCUGUUUGACAGUAAGUUGAACAAUACUUGGCUGGGGAGUUUGGCUCGUUUGUCCUUUCAGCGGCAGCAGUCGUUAAUAGUACGUUACAGUCAAACCGACGACGGGGCCUACUGUGUAAGUAAUAGGGUGUAAAGGGAGCCACAACUCAGCCAGGCAGCAUGAAGGGAUUCAUCUAAAUGACUAGUAAAAUACGAAACCACCUCUAAACAUAAGAAAAGUUACGUAAAGAUACUUUUUAAUUGUGGUUUUGCUGUGUGCAUACUCCUACGGACUAUUUAAAGUCGACCACCGCGUUGUCCGUUUGUAUUAUGUAGCUGUGUGUGAGGGCCCAGCGGUAAGCCUCUCAGCUGUGUUUUGGUUGCUAGUGGCCUCCCCUCCCCCAGUCUUGAGACGCUUGAUUCUCCCCGAGUGUUGGACACUGUCCGCCGGGUUUCCCCUUGCGUUUUGAAGGAAGGCCGUGGCCUCAAGUCGCAGUCCUCUGGACUUCGAAGCCGUUUAAAAAGUGGAUGUAAUGGAACUGAUGUUCGCCGAGUGGGAGGAUGGGGAGAGGUUCUCCUUCGAAGACUCGGACCGGUUCGAGGAAGACUCUCUGUGCUCCUUCAUCUCAGAGGCCGAGAGCCUCUGUCAGAACUGGAGAGGAUGGAGGAAGCAGUCCGCUGGACCCAACUCCCCUACUGUCAAGAUUAAAGAUGGUCAGGUGAUUCCACUGGUGGAGUUGUCAGCGAAGCAGGUAGCGUUCCACAUCCCGUUUGAGGUGGUGGAGAAGGUCUACCCCCCCGUCCCAGAACAGCUCCAGCUCCGCAUCGCCUACUGGAGCUUCCCCGAGAAUGAGGAGGACAUCAGGUUAUAUUCCUGCCUGGCUAAUGGGAGUCCAGAUGAAUUCCAACGUGGAGAACAGCUCUACAGGAUCAGAGCUGUCAAAGACCCUCUGCAGAUCGGCUUCCAUCUCAGUGCGACGGUGGUGUCCAGUCAGUCCGGUCAGUCUAAAGGGGCCUACAAUGUGGCGGUCAUGUUUGACCGCUGCCGCAUCACUUCCUGCAGCUGCACCUGCGGCGCUGGGGCCAAAUGGUGUGCUCAUGUGGUAGCACUCUGCCUCUUCAGGAUCCACAAUGCAUCAGCAGUGUGUCUAAGGGCUCCAGUCUCUGAGUCCUUGUCCAGGCUGCAGAGGGACCAGCUCCAAAAGUUCGCCCAGUACCUCAUCAGUGAGCUGCCUCAGCAGAUCCUACCCACAGCUCAACGCCUGCUGGAUGAGCUGCUGUCCUCUCAGUCUACUGCCAUCAACACUGUGUGUGGAGCUCCAGACCCGACAGCAGGCCCUUCAGCGUCUGACCAGAGCACCUGGUAUUUGGACGAGUCGACCCUCAGCGACAACAUCAAAAAGACUCUGCACAAGUUCUGUGGGCCCUCGCCUGUUGUCUUCAGUGAUGUAAACUCCAUGUACCUGUCGUCCACGGAGCCGCCGGCUGCUGCUGAGUGGGCGUGUCUGCUGCGACCCCUGCGGGGCCGAGAGCCAGAAGGCAUCUGGAACCUUCUGUCCAUCGUCCGGGAGAUGUUUAAGAGGCGGGACAGUAACGCUGCCCCGCUGCUGGAGAUUCUCACUGAGCAGUGCCUCACCUACGAACAGAUCAUCAGCUGGUGGUACAGUGUUCGGACCUCAGCGUCCCACAGCAGCGCCAGCGGCCACACCGGGCGCAGCAACGGCCAGUCCGAGGUGGCGGCUCACGCCUGCGCCAGCAUGUGUGAUGAGAUGGUGGUGCUAUGGAGGCUGGCAGUGCUCGACCCCACCAUGAGCCCCUGCAGGCGUUUGGAACUGGCAGGCCAGCUAAAACAGUGGCACCUGAAAGUUAUAGAGAUAGUGAAGCGGGGACAACAUCGCAAGUCCCUGGAUAAACUGUUCCAGGGCUUCAAGCCCGCUGUAGAGUCCUGCUAUUUCAACUGGGAGGUGGCCUACCCACUGGAGAGCAUCACCUACUGCAGUGCUGAUAAGAAGAGUGCCACAUUCUGCUGGUCCAGGGCAGUGCAGCACCAGAGAGGAGUCAAAGCUGCUGCAGGAGCAAGCGGAGAAGCAUCUGAACCCGGGGGAGGGGGGAGAGCGGACGGCGGGGCUGGGGGAGAUUAUAAAGGAAGAGGUCACUCGUCCCAACAGGAGGUGGCAGUGCGACCCAAGGAGACCAUACUGACCAAGAGGAAGGGUCUGUCAGUGAGCGGAGGGGGAGGAAUGCUGGUCCGUCUAGGAGGGGGUGUCUCUCUGUCCCUGGAAGACGGAGGAGGGAAGUGCAUGUACAAAGGUCCUGGUUCCUCUUCUGGAGGGAAGCUGAAACUGACACAGGGAGGUGGGAAAGGGGCAUCUGUAGGUGGUUCCGGGGGAAGUGGAGGAAUUGGAGGGGGUAAGCAUGCCAGUGCCAAGCGGCGCACCAGCAGUGAGGACAGCUCCCUGGAGCCGGAUAUGGCUGAGCUCAGCCUGGACGACGGGUGCAGUCUGGCUCUGGGUGCUGAGGCCAGCAACACGUUUGAGUUCCUCCCCCCGCCACCAGAGAUGCUGCCCUCCCCGAGCCCAUUGCUCCGAGACUCGCGCAAGUACGGCAACAGCAGCGCGGGGAGCAAGAUGUUUGAAACCAAGCGGGUCAGCCACGGCUCUGCUGCAGAGACCGGUCCCCCUUGCUUCCCUUCCAAAGAGACAGUGGUGGUUGUUAUGGACAUGUCCAGCGCUGCAGAGAAGGAAGCAGAGCUGGAGUUGGAGCCAGUCCAGAACAAAGAUGAAGAUGUAGACUCAGCUGGCAGUACCCAGCCUUCCACCUCAACCACUACGGCCAAAUCAGGCGCCACUCAAACGUCGGCCAAGCCACCGCGGGGCCGCAGAGAGGCGGCGUCCGCUGCCGCCGCUGCAGCCGCAGGGGGCGGGGCAGCACCUGCAGGUGGUGCAGCUAACCAUGGAGCAGAGGCGUCAGCGGGAGCUGCAGUUGGAGAAGCUGUGGGUGAGGACGACUAUCAGGCAUACUACCUGAGUGCCGCCUCAGAGGAUGGGGCAGACAGACAGCAAGCUGACAACCACCAAGAGGAGGAGCCCGACAUCUUCGCAGGGAUGAAACCACUGGAGCAGGAGGGGCGCAUGGAGGUGCUGUUUGCAUGUGCCGAGGCCCUCUAUGCUCAUGGCUACAGUAAUGAGGCGUGCCGCCUGGCCGUGGAGCUGGCCAGAGACCUGUUAGCCAACCCUCCAGACCUGAAAGUGGAGCAGCCACAGACUAAGGGUAAGAAGAGCAAGGUGUCGACCAGCCGCCAGACACAGGUCGCCACUAACACGCUGUCGAAAGCCGCCUUCCUCCUCACUGUCCUCAGCGAACGAGUGGAGCUCCACAACCUGGCCUUCUGCACCGGCAUGUUCUCCCUGGAACUCCAGAGACCACCGGCGUCUACCAAAGCUCUGGAGGUAAAGCUGGCCUACCAGGAGUCGGAGGUGGUGUCCCUGCUGAAGAAGAUUCCUCUGGGCCUGGUGGAGAUGUCGGCCAUCCGAGAGAGAGCCGAGCAGCUCCGAGACGGAAACUUCUGCGACUACAGACCUGUGCUGCCUCUCAUGUUGGCCAGCUUCAUCUUUGAUGUUCUGUGUACCCCAGUUUGUGCAGUUGUGUCUCCAACGGGUUCCCGUCCACCAAGCCGCAACCGUAACAACGAGAUGCCCGGUGAUGAGGAGCUGGGCUUCGAGGCUGCGGUCGCUGCACUUGGCAUGAAGACCACCGUGAGCGAGGCGGAGCAUCCUCUGCUGUGUGAAGGAACGAGGCGGGUGAAAGGUGACCUGGCUCUGGCUCUCAUGAUCACCUAUAAGGAUGACCAGAGCAAGCUCAAGAAGUGUUCGUGCAGCAAAAACCGUAAGACUAAAAGUCUCCGAAAUUGGCAGAUACUGGAUAAAUUGUUGGACAGGGAGAGUCAGACCCACAAGCCCCAGACGUUAAGCUCCUUCUACUCCAGCAAGCCAGCAGCCGGCAGCCAGCGCAGCCCGUCCAAGCACACUGCAGCCAGCCACAGUGGGGCGAGCGCGGCCACCGGAGGGGCCUCCAAACACGCACCUUCAUCUUCGUCUGCCACCGCCGUGGCCCCCACUUCAUCCAGCUCUUCCUCUGCUGUGGCGGUGGCUGGGGAACAGGUGGCUCAUCAGGCUGAUCUGAACUCAGUGCAGAACAGUACAACGGGAGAGAGAACCGCGGAGAACAGGGAGCAUGUGGCAGAUAGGCCUCCUUCAUCCAGUGACCAGCAGAAUGAAACGGCUCCAUUUAAGCCGGAGGCCACCGUGCCCAGUCGCCUGGCUCUGGGGGCGCGCUGUGGGUACAGCCAGCGCUGCUGGGGCUCACCUGUCCGGCAGAAGAAGAAACACACUGGCAUGGCGAGUAUUGACAGCAGUGCUCCUGAGACGACCUCCGACAGUUCCCCCACCCUCAGCCGGCGGCCGCUUCGGGGCGGCUGGGCAGCAACUUCAUGGGGGCGGGGCCAGGACAGUGACAGCAUCAGCAGUUCAUCGUCUGAUUCGCUGGGCUCCUCCUCCUCCAGCGGCUCUCGCAGGGCAGGGGGCGGGGCCAGGGCCAAGAGCACUGACACCAGCAGAGCGAUGGUGGGCUAUGAACCUACUUAUAGAACUGGAGUCACAUCCAGGUACAAAGGGCGACGUCCAGAGUGUCAUGCCCCCCACGUGCCCAACCAGCCAUCAGAGGCAGCAGCCCAUUUUUACUUUGAGCUGGCCAAAACGGUGCUGAUCAAAGCCGGAGGAAACUCCUCCACCUCCAUUUUCACCCAGCCGUCAGCCAGCGGGGGCCAUCAGGGGCCCCACAGAAACCUGCACCUGUGUGCCUUUGAGAUUGGCCUGUAUGCUCUUGGGCUUCACAACUUUGUCUCACCCAACUGGCUGUCCAGGACCUACUCCUCCCACGUGUCCUGGAUCACUGGCCAGGCCAUGGAGAUUGGAAGCGCUGCCCUCAACAUUUUGGUGGAGUGUUGGGACGGUCAUCUCACCCCUCCAGAGGUGGCGUCCCUUGCUGACCGAGCAUCGCGGGCCAGGGACCCCAACAUGGUUCGGGCGGCAGCCGAGCUGGCCCUGAGCUGCCUGCCUCACGCUCACGCCCUCAAUCCUAAUGAAAUCCAGAGAGCCCUGGUGCAGUGCAAAGAGCAGGACAAUGCGAUGCUGGAGAAGGCCUGUAUGGCGGUAGAGGAAGCAGCCAAGGGUGGAGGCGUGUACCCAGAGGUUCUGUUCGAGGUGGCUCACCAGUGGUACUGGCUGUAUGAGCAGUCAGUGGGCGGGGGCUCGGCCCAACAGCGGGAGACCUCUGGGCGCUGCGGGGCCAACGGGGGCUCGGGCAGGAGGCCACCAGAGUCCACCUGUGUUGUCCUGGACACCGGAGCCAACAUGGAGUCUGCGGGAGUGACUACAGUCACAGCCUCGGUCACCGCAGCAGCCGUCGUCCCCGUCAUCUCUGUGGGCUCCACAAUCUACCAGUCCCACGCCAUGCCUGGCCAGGCCAUGGCUCACCCCCACAGCCAGGGCCUCCACCCCUACACCACCAUUCAGGCCCAUCUCCCCACCGUCUGCACCCCCCAGUACCUGGGACACCCUCUGCAGCACGUCCCCCGACCCACCGUCUUCCCUGUUGCUGGGGCUGCAUAUCCCCAGGUCAGGACUCUUCUCACAUCUAUUGGGGGUAUGCACCCAGCCUUCAUCGGAGCCCAGUACCCGUUCUCAGUGGCCACUGGCCCCCAGCCACCCAUGGCAGCCACGGCUGUGACCUUCCCUGGCGUCCCCGUACCGUCCAUGACUCAGAUCGCCGUCCAUCCCUACCACGCUGAGACCGGCCUACCCCUGAGCACGACUGUAGCAGUAGGCAGCGUCCACUCGGGCCCCACCAUCCAGGCCAUACAGGCAACAUCUCUGCCCCCGCUCUCCUCCCAGCCUGGCUCAUUGGUCAGCACUCCUUUCCCAGUAGAGGACGAGCAGCACAGCCAGCCAAUCAGCCAACAGGGCCUGCACUACCUGCAUUCUGCCUACAGAGUUGGCAUGCUGGCAUUGGAGAUGCUGGGCAGGAGGGCUCACAAUGACCACCCCAACAACUUCUCCAGGAGCCCACCGUACACUGAGGACGUCAAAUGGCUGCUGGGACUGGCUGCCAGGCUAGGAGUCAACUAUGUGUACCAGUUCUGUGUCGGAGCAGCGAAAGGUGUCCUCAGUCCGUUCGUCCUGCAGGAGAUCAUCAUGGAGGCUCUGCAGAGGCUGAACCCCGCCCACAUCCACGCCCACCUCCGGACCCCUGCGUUCCACCAGCUCGUCCAGCGCUGCCAACAGGCCUACCUGCAGUACAUCCACCACCGGCUCAUCCACCUGACGCCCGCCGACUACGAUGACUUUGUGAACAUCAUCCGCAGCGCGCGGGGGGCCUUCUGCCUGACCCCCGUGGGCAUGAUGCAGUUCAACGACGUGCUGCAGAACCUGAAGAGAGGCAAGCAGACCAAGGAGCUGUGGCAACGCAUCUCCCUGGAGAUGGCCACCUUCUCCCCCUGAGCAGGACGCUUCCGGGGAGAUGUGUGCUGCCCCUUUCCCCUCCCCCGCCCCCCUUACCCCCCACACUCAGCCUCCAGCAUUGCUACUGCCACUGCACUGAGCGGGCUACAUUGAUGCUGUCUGCUUCCGUCAGGAAUCCCUGCUCGUGCUUUGUGGACAUCUCAAACGGAACGCACUACAGAGGCAGACAAUCAGCCCCCCGCUCACCCCCCAC